AUGCUCGUCCACUUGAAAAGCCCCAUCCUUAUUGCCUUCUUCUACCAGCAAUGGCUUCAAGCAGGCCGUGCCAUGCCGUUGCCCCCCGGCGCCAUUCCUGCCCAACCGGGUCACUUUGCUCUGCCCGAAACCAAGGAGAUGCGCGAAUGGAAAAUAUCGGAACAUAUGCAUGGCAGCCCAAACCCGCCGCCCAAGCUCGUCUAUCGUUUCGAUAGACGUCAGCCGGACGAAAUUUUCAAAAAUGGCUUCUCGCUUUGGGAAGACAGAAAACUUUCGUCGGAAGGAUACGACAUCUCUCGCCACGUCUAUGGGGGGGAUAACCUCGACAAAACGAAUUAUAUUUCGACAACCAGACUUCCGGAAAUCGCGGAGAAAUUCGGCUUGCUGGAAGGGAAUAAGGAACGAAUCGGCGGCCCUUAUCGUUUCUUUGGCCGUGUGGACAUGGCGAGAAUGAGAGAAUUUGCCGCCUUCAAGGGAACCAAUCGACCGCAGGAUUAUCCGAUCAGCAUGUACCCCCCGACCCCAAAGGCUAACCGAAAGGGCGAAAAGCACUGGAUUUAUGUCAUCAAGCCCGACAAAUCCUUCGUCAACGUUUUUCAAUCCCUCGGCCCGGACGGUUACCCCAGACUUGGAUAUAGAGCGCAGCAAGAGUUUGCGGCACUGGAGAGGAUUCCAGCAGAACGCAUCGUUGGUGCAUACCAGAUUGGGGACGCCAAGAGAAGGAUUAAGCGGAAUCCAAACUACAAUUCCGCAUUCGACCGUCAAGAAGCCGGCAUUGGAUAUCCUGCGCUCGCCCACAAUAGCGACGAGAAGAUUGGCUUGAGAAUCAUCGCCGAGGCAAAGGAAGAAACCGAUAGGCUCCGAGCGGAAGGGGCCAAAAUGCGCGUCUAA